UUGUGUUUUACUCUUUCUUUCGCGCCUCUACCCCGGCCUCGGUACCAUUCUUCACACACACACACACAUGCACAAAACUGGUUCUUUGACAACCAUCAGACACCCUGGCCCAACGUCACCAUUGACGCCUUUGAGCCUGGACGCGUCUAUCAGUUCCGUGUGGCUGCAGUUGGUGUCCAAGGCAGCCGUGGCUUUGGACCUUCUUCCGACGGCUACCCACCGCAACCACGAACCCCUCGACCACCGUCGCCUCCUCGCAACCUGACUGACGCCAUUUGGCGGCUCUACUCAACUGGCCAGGCUAGCGUCCUGCUCACCUGGCGCGAGCCGGAGCACCAUGAACUACCGAUUUCCGAAUAUACAGUAAGCUUUUGGGUUCUCGCAACAGUUCAGUCUUGGGGAUUUUGCCCAUCAAGACACUGUAUUUAG